GUUCGUCCACUGACUCGUUAUCUCCCAGUUCCGGAUGACAUUUCCUUUGACCUUCGACACCAUCUAGAGGUGACCUGUGGUCAUAUUCUAUGUUCGCCCCUUCUGAUCCCUCAUUUACACGUUGAUGCAACCACUUGUGCUGGCUAUCUCUAUAAGGUCGAUUCCCGAGUUACAUCUACAUCAACUAACAGUAGUGGAGAUACACCAACAAAAAAUUCUAAAUGUGACAAAUCGUCGUCGUUAGGUGUAAAUGGUGCCCUGACAACUUCUACUUUCUUCUCACCAUCUACAAAGAGAGCGAAAAUGAGGCCCCCUCGGGUAAAUUCCCCAAAUAACGGAAGUGGUAAUGGUGGUGGUUUCAUGGCUGCCCUCUUCAACCGCAGUCGACGUGGAAAAAGACGCUGGUUUGUCCUUGAUCGAAGGCGUCGACUUCUUAUCUACUACUCCUGUCAUACGUCUAAAUCUUCUAAUGCAGCAUCUCUUUUGAAGCCUAAAGGUUAG